AUAUUAUCAGGAUGUAAACAUCUCUUCUUGAAGUUUCAAACUAGGUGGUUCCUCUGUUGUCUGUCAUAUCUAUUUGGGGUAGGGAAACACUGUUUCCACAUAGGACAGUUAGGUUUAGAGGGAAGACAAACCUUUGUGAUCGAUUCUUCAGAAGCUAGUGUCCCAUGCUGCCCAACUCACGGCCUCUUCACCACUCAUUUGAAAGUGUACAUUAUGAUUUUCAGCAUCUGUAUCCCCCAUCUAUAUAUACGCACAUGAUCCAUCAAGCUCCAACUAUCAGAGCUUUCUUAGCUAGCUUAUCAAGUCCUUUCAAUUGGAUACCUCUUGUUCUUCCACAUAAAAGUUAUGGGUUUUCGGUUGCCUGGAAUUAUUAACGCCAAAAGAAGUCUCAGUAGAUCUCUUUCUGCCUCAAAAACAUCAAAGAGCUUAGAUAUCCCUAAAGGCUACUUUGCGGUCUAUGUUGGGAAGGGUCAAAAGCGCUUUGUGAUUCCGGUAUCAUACUUGAAUGAGCCAGUGUUCCAGGAUUUGCUGAGCCUAGCUGAGGAAGAAUUCGGAUACGAACAUCCUAUGGGUGGUAUCACAAUCCCCUGCAGUGAAUGCACAUUCAUCGAUCUCACUUCUCGAUUAAGUGUGUGAGUGAAUAAUAUGAAUCUAAUUUCAUAUUAUAGGAUUUCUAAUGUCACAAGCUUCACGAGUCAGCUACAAGAUGAAGAAGCGACUGACUGGUAAACCAGUCUAUCAGAUCAAGUACUCUCGUGUGAAGGUAAAGCCGAUCGAUGAUAUUCUAAA